CUGAAGGUGCGUGAGGUGCUGAUCAACGUGUCCCGUCAGCAGGUGGAGGACUUCCAUGGCCCAGAGGACUACUGGUGUCUGUGUGUGGCCUGGAGCCACCUGGGCACCUCCAAGAGCCGCAAGGCCACGGUACACAUCGCAUGUGAGUAGCCUACAUAACUGUAUCACCCAUAGCAGUUUUAACCAGUCCUGGUCCUGAGGACGCAAAAGGGUGCACAUUUUAGUUUUUGCCCUAGCACUAACAUACUUGAUUCAACUAAUCAACAAGCCUUUAGUUUAAUCAGGUGUGUUAGUGCUAGAGCAUAGAACCAGGCUUGGGAAACACUGACCCAUAGAAUUAGAAUGAGUAGAACGGAUGUCUCCAUUCAGGUCAAUUUUGCCAUCAUCGGUGGACUGUUGGCCAUUUUGAGUAUUGCCAUGAGGUUGCCAGUAAAAUUGCCAUGGUUAGAGGUUCUAUGCCCGUUCUACUCAUUAUAUUUAUUUAUAUGGUAAUACCACAGUCUCACAUUACAGCGAAUGGCCAGAACUGCACUGCAGGAGUAAUAGAUUAAAGCAGAGUGCAACCUAGAGAAUAAAUGAUGUCCCAUGGCAUAUACUGUAAAGCUUCAUGGGCAUAUUAUACAGUAUAUGUACUCAUCAGCCAGUGCAGUCUAUCCUCCAAAUGACCUUGGGAACCUGCAGGCAGAUGGAGCCAGGAAGGAAGGAAGGAAGGAAGGAAGGAAGGAAGGAAGGAAGGAAGGAAGGAAGGAAGGAAGGAAGGAAGGAAGGAAGGAAGGAAGGAAGGAAGGAAGGAAGGAAGGAAGGAAGGAAGGAAGGAAGGAAGGAAGGAAGGAAAGGAGAUCAGCUCCUGAUCCAUCCAUCCAUCCCCCCCCCCCCAGCCCAUUUCUCACUCCCAAGGUUGAUGCUGUGUCCAAACCAAGGGCAGGGAGAGUGGCAGUGGCAAGUGGUGUUAGUGAUGGGGAGAUUGAGGGCAGACUGGACAUGGCAAGGACUGACAGCAGGGUGUUCUCUCCCCACACAGACCUGAGGAAGAACUUUGAGCAGGACCCCCAGGGGAAGGAAGUGCCAAUCAAAGGGAUGAUCGUGCUGCAUUGCCGCCCCCCAGAGGGAGUGCCCACGGCA